CCGGCCGCCGCCCCGUCCCACACCGACCGCAGCCGUCCCGACCCGCCGCCUCCGAGGACCACGCACAGCACCCAGCAACAUGGCGAACAAAGGCCCUUCCUAUGGCAUGAGCCGCGAGGUGCAGUCCAAGAUCGAGAAGAAGUACGACGAGGAUCUGGAGGAGCGCCUAGUGGAGUGGAUCGUGAUGCAGUGCGGGUCCGACGUGGGCCGCCCCGACCGCGGACGCCUGGGCUUCCAGGUCUGGCUGAAGAACGGCGUGAUCCUGAGCAAGUUGGUGAACAGCCUGCAUCCCGAUGGCUCCAAGCCGGUGAAGGUGCCCGACAACCCGCCCUCCAUGGUGUUCAAGCAGAUGGAGCAGGUGGCACAGUUCCUGAAGGCCGCUGAGAACUAUGGCGUCACCAAGACCGACAUGUUCCAGACUGUGGACCUGUUUGAAGGCAAGGACCUGGCAGCGGUGCAGCGGACCCUGAUGGCUCUGGGCAGCCUGGCCGUGACCAAAAACGACGGGCACUACCGCGGGGACCCCAACUGGUUCAUGAAGAAAGCGCAGGAACACAAGCGGGACUUUUCGGAAAACCAGCUGCAGGAAGGCAAACACGUCAUCGGUCUGCAGAUGGGCAGCAACAGGGGCGCUUCCCAGGCGGGCAUGACAGGCUACGGGAGGCCCCGGCAGAUCAUCAGCUAGAGGGGCGCCCUGCUCCAGCCCCGCCCCUGCCCUCUCCCUGCCCGCCUAGGCCCCAGGGCAGACCCCCCAGCGACCCCAGCUCGCUGCCUCGCUCCGGGCCCCCGGGCCCCCAGCUCCAGCAAAGCUUUGAGGCCCCAGUCCCCUCUUCCCCCAGCCCUGCAAGGGGCCAGCACACAGGCAGCUCCCCUCCCCUCUAGCCCCCAGGGAACCCACCCCUCGCUCCAGAGCAUCGCCCUUUACCCCUGCCCCACCAGCUGCCCCCACUAGGCCCUCCCAGCCCGGGGGCGGCAACGUGGGCAGGCGGUCCAUCCGGGGCAUCGAGCCCGGGGUGGGGCACCCCUUCCCCGCUCUGGCUCCUCUCAGUUUUGUACGUUCAUUUUUUGGGGGUAAAAUAAGGAAAAAUAUAGAGAUGAAACGUU